CCGCCCGGGCCCCACAGUCAGUACGGCACCCCGCCCGCCCGGCACACCACCAUGGAUCUCGAGAUGGGGACCAAGUCUCGCCCGAGAAAGUCGCCUCUUCCGAGGGGGUAUCCACCGCCCUCUUCGACGAUGCUUUUCGACGACGACCCGGGCAUCAUGUCCGAGGUCGAGACUUCCAGCACCGGGUUUCAUCGAGGUGGCAAGCAAAGGAGCAGCUUGCCCGUCGUACGAACUGCCAGCAAGACUUUGGAGCGACCACUAGGCCUGGUGUUCCUGCAGUACAGGAACGAGACGAAGAGGGCACUCCUGCCAAACGAAAUUACAAGCAUAGACACCGUCAAGGCUCUCUUCGUCAGGAGUUUCCCGAAACAGCUGACCAUGGAGUACCUCGACAGUCCGCACGUCAAGGUUUACAUCCACGACAGCAACAAGGACAUGUUCUACGAACUCGAGGACCUUAGAUCCCACCUGAGGGACAUCAGGGAUCGAAGCGUCCUCCGACUCUUCGAGAGCGGCGACGGAGGAGCGGGAAUACCAGGUCCUCUAGGAACACCAGGUAGCUCUGGCCUUCCUCCGCACUGGGAAGACCAGAGUUACUUCAGCGAGCCAGAGUUUGACAGCGAGUUUCAACAUCAGCACAUCCACAAGAGCAAGACGGCGAAAAAUUCGACGUCGGGCAGUUAUUACAUGGGAAGUAGUAGUACUCUUCCUCGUGGAGGACCUCUUCUAAGGGCAUAUAGUCCUGCGACGUCAUCGGUGGUUGCAGGACCAAAUGCUACCUCGAAUCAACCUAAAACCUUAACUACCCCAGGUGGAGGCGGGGUAGCGCCGGCCAAGCCGCUCCGGAGCUACCAGUGUGGUAAAAGUCCCCUAGGAAGCCUGGGGGGAUCCGCACGCUUCUCUAGAGACAGCUCGGUGUCCCUCUAUAGUAUACCAGAUCGACUUCACGGAGAGAGUGGUUACAUGAGCAGCCCUGAACGCGGUGGAGGUGUCGGAAGUAGUACAGGACGAUAUCCUCCAGGACCUUACAGUGGAGGUGGUAGUUAUGAGGAUCCUUAUUACUCCCAAUAUUCGGGAACGGUCACGCCGGUGAUCGACGAAGAAGCGAGCGAUACGGAGCUCCUGGAGGAGUCAUACAGCCUUUACGGGGUGAAACCACCUGGUCGACCCCCCUCGGGCCCCUCUCGAUCCCCAUUCCCACCUGGGGCACCCCCUUUGCCACCUGGUGGACAGACCUACGAUGUAACUCGGAUAAGAGUGGAACACAUGGAACGGCAGCUUGCUAACUUAACAGGGCUCGUGCAAAAGGCUCUAACCCAUGCCCCCCAUACUAGCCCCUCUCCCAGGGACUACUUACAAGUCCCAGCAGGACGAGAUCCAUAUGCAAGGACUACAGAUGAGUCGUACUUAAGGACCGAUGUUAAGCCGCCGAAAUUAGGCAAAGACAAGUCGGUGUCAUUCGAAAAAUCGGUAUCCUUCAGCGACGAGCCUCCAGACAUGAAUUCACCCAAGCAACACUCCCCUCAACAUGCAGCGGACACAAAGCCAACGAAACCGGCAAUCAAAUCCUCGACGUUGCCGAGGAUGUCCUCCCAAGAGAGGGACAGGCACAAGCCCCCGCCACCCCCGAAGCCGGCAGCCCUGGCCGCGGGGCCCUACGUCUACAGGGACUUAUCACUCACGCCGGAAAUGUACAAUCAGCUUAGAGGUCUGCAGAAGAAGGCCAAGGACUUGAGGCAGGAAGUCAGGAACCUCAGACGCAUGUCCCAGACCCAGGCGCACAUGGUCAGGGAGACCAUCAAGGAUACCUUCAUCACCAUCAGGGCCAUGUUGUUGUCCGGAGGAGAUGCAGGCUGGGCUUCUGGGGAUGCUGAAAAGAUUAGACUGAGCCGUGAAGAGGACCUCUACAAGCAAGAAAUGAUAAGGCUGGAAAAAGAUCUUACCGAGCUAGAGAGCACAGUGGAGGAAUUACGGGGCAACGUCAUCAACCGAAAAACACGCGUCAAUAUGUCGGACGUGGAGAACAUGGCUUUGAUUCUCAACAAAUCAAGCAAAACGGUGGCGGAUCUAAAAAUGCGGUUCCCGAGCUUGCAGGAGGGCAUGAAGGGUCUCCUAAGCUCCGAAAUGGAGAAGGUCGUCCGGGAGGAAAAGUUCCUGAAGGAGGAGCCAGAACGCCUCGAAUCCGCGUUAAGGAGGUGCAAGAAAUUAACUGGAACUCUCGUCACGCUCAAACGCUUGGCGUCGGUGCAAGAGCAGCGAUUACCGAACGCGGCGAGUGUCGAGACCGAGGAGACACCACCGAUUACGCCGACCUCGGCGCAACACUCCAAGACAGCUGCCCCUGUGCCAGCUGAACGCACUGUCCUGGGGUCAGCGGGCGUCGUCGGGGGAGGGUCCCACGCUGUCGAGCCACCCGCCGCCAAUCAGCAGCGUCCGGAAAACGCACUCGACGCUCUGCUAGACGAGCUGCAGACGUUCUCCAGGCCGGCCUCGCAGAUGUCGCAGGGGUCAGGCGGGGGCCACGCGCCGAGUCUGUCGGAGAUCGGGCGAAGCGCGAGCCAGGGGGUGGCCCGGGGCCCGGGGGCGUCGGAGCCGGGCCGGAAAGGCAGCGUGGACUCCUCGACGAGCCUGGCCGCGGUGAGCCCGGGCCACGCGAGCACCCUGCGCCGGCUCCACUCGUACCCCUCGAGCUCGGACACGGACACCUCACCGCCGAUCGCGCGGCUCCAGGUCUCCGAGGGGAACCCGCUGCCGGGGGCGGGUCACCCGCAGAAGCCCCCCGUGCCGGAGCGCAACGCGGAGCUGCUGCAGCUGGCUAGCGCGCGCCGGGUGCCGCCCCCGCCGCCCCCGCGGACGAGCUCCAGGUCGCCCCUGGCCAGCCCCACGAGCCCACAGCUGCCCCCGCGGAACCCCACGGGGACGCUGCGCCGGGGGCGCGUCAACCCCAAGGACCCGGCGGCCCCCGCCAAGCCCCCGAUGGCCCUGCCGGCCUCGGCCGCCGCCCCGGAGGACCUGCUGCCGCCCAACAGCAUCCUCUCCGCUAGUAACUCCAGCUCCUGCGAGAGCAUCAACUCCCAGGAGGGCAUGCAGAACAAGAAGGGUCGCCAGGAGCAGCUCGAGCAGCGCCACCAGGAGCUCCUGCGCAAGCAGAAGGCCCUCCAGGAGCAGUACGCCAGGCUCCAGCAGCUCCAGAGGAACGCGUCGGGCCUGACCACCGUCCCUCCCGCGCCCCCGGACCUCUUGAAGAAGACCGGCUCCGAGAGCAACCUCCUGGCCAAGAUGGGUCUGGGCCUCAGCACCACCGCCUCCGGCUCCCUGACCAGCCUCACUGUGAAACCGCCCCAGGAGCAGCCGCAGAACGCGGUCACCGGUAAUCAGACCUCCACUGCCUCCACCACCACCACCACCAGCAAGAUCUACGAGACGGACAUUCUGUGACCGAGAAGUUUCCUACCGAGACUGCUGAGAAGGUCCAUGGGGCGAUGGUCGCGCGUUGGUAGCGCCGCGAGUUAGCCACCGGAUCUGCUGAUGUAAGAGGCUUUCCUGGAGACGCUUUUGGUCGGACCCAGGGAGGACCCGGGUCCGGGCAAGACGGACCGUUCGGGUGGAGACUGGAAGGAACGCGGCACCGUUGUCCAGGACCAGAGCCGGCUGGUCGUUUCGCCUAUUCCGGGGCAUUGGACCACUUCUAGCGCGUCAGCUCAUUCUUUGGCCAAUCCGAUGCAAGAUCGUGAAGACCAUUUUCGAAGCGAAGAAGCCGAACGAUCGAAAACCUCGUUGGUCGAGACUCUACAUCCUGAGGCCACCGCCAUUGCCCCCUAGGAUCACGUCCCAUCUUCGACGCACCUUGUCCCACCUACCAUCAUCUACGGGAGCAUCGAACACGGGUGGCAAAGCCUUUUCUUCCACCAUCGGCUUCCACUUCUGCAGGAGCGCAAUCUUCCUGAAAUUGUACAAUGUUCAGUCCGACUGGAGUACCCAAAACACCAACACCGAAAAUACAGGACCAAGCAGAAGACUUUUCAGGCUGGAAAUAACCAGAUCUCAGAGACGGUUUCGAGACUGAGCGC